ACCGACGGCCACCACCUAGAGAGCAGUGGCGGCCCUAGUGCCCCACGGACGUCUGCAAUUCGAUUCCAGACUUUAAGUCCAUAUUUCGCCCAAACUAGCAUCCCAAGAGGUUAGGAAAGUAUGGAGAAAUAAUAUAAUGUACUUGAGUCAAUAGUGUUAGAAUAAUAUAAUGAUAAACUUACUCAAGAAAAAUGAAAGAUACAAUAGUGUAUAUAUAGAAAUGCGAAGCAGUGUACACCGUAAUGAGUCAAGAAAUAAUACAAACCCACCUUCCUCCCUAACUCUCUCUUCCCUAAAAAAAACCCUAGCUUUUCCCCUUUUCACGUUUCCUUGGUCGCCGAAGCCAUAACUGGCGUGCAGUUCAUCCCCUAGCCUUGGUUGGCAUUUGAUACACCUUGUAUCAAGUGGUGCUCUCAUUCCCGACCUCAUGGCAGCUUCCUCUGGAUUCCUCAAUGGUGACCUGGGCUGAUAUCAUGCAAGCGAUAAUUACAAGCUAACAAACUUUGUGUUGCGGAGAUCGCAGCCAAUAAACAUCACGUUGUGGACGUUCGUAGGCCUCAAUCUGUUCCUUCCUAGGCCGGCUGGCGGGCCACCACCAUCACGCACAACACCGCCAUCAUUUGACCUGGCACCGCUUAUCCGCGUGGAUGCGCCACGCUUCUCAGGAGACGAUACCGGAUGGAUUUUCUACGUACAAAAGUAAUUCGAUUUUUUCUUGAUGCUGGAGCCCGAAAAAUUAUAGUUGGUCGCGGUGUUGAUUAAUCAUCCGGCUUCUGAAUGGUUCCUUUAUUAACAAGCAAAUAAUCGUGAGGCUACUUGGCAGGAGUUUUUAGAGGCAGUUCAUCAACGUUUUGAUCUGGACUACUACGAGAAUUACGUGGGGUUAUUAUCCAGACUUCACUUACACAAACAUUCACCAUCCUGGAAUAUCAAUCUGCUUUCGAAACUAUUCUCAGUAAAGUGUCUGAGGUCCCCGAUGCCAUGUUGAUUGUGAUGUAUGUGGUCGGGCUUAAACAACCGUUACAUCGUGAGGUGAAUCUCCGUUGUCCAGCAACCCUUCAAGCAACGUUUGCCUUGGCUAGGGAGCUCUCGGCAUGCCUUUAAGAGGUGGUUGUUUCUUUUGACACUGUGGGUCGUUGUCCAUGGCAGACAUGUCCCGCUUCUGCCCUAACAGCGGGCCUUCUUCCCACACCAAGCCAUGCAGCGGAGCCGUACUCUUCCCAACCACACCACACUGACAAAGCUUCGUCCUUACCGGUGGUUUGGCUAACACAUGCAGAGAAAACAGAACGGAGUAAGAAAGGCUUGUAUUGGUAUUGUGAUGAAAAAUGGACUUCGUCCCAUAAUUGCAAGCACCGUUUUCUAGUUCUCAUGGGACCGGACAAUGACGAGGAAGGGUCAAAUUCUAUGGAGAAUAUGGAGUUAUCAGCGGAUGCACCGGUGAUUUUGACGGAUGUUUCUAGCAUACAUUCUUUGGCGGGCAGCGUGAGCCCUCGCUCCUUGCGGCUGGCCGGUAUAAUUUAAUAUGGGGUGGUCCAAGUCUUUUUGGAUGGGGGCACACACACAACUUCAUCCAUCCUGCGGUGGCCGAGCAGUUGGCUUUACCCUUGCAACCGGUCUCCCCAUUCCACAUUUAUGUUGGUAACGGUGAUUCUCUACGUUGUACUUAUUCGUGCCCACAUACAUUGUUUUCUUUGCAAGGCCAUUGUUUUGAAGUUAAUUUAUACUCCGUAUCUCCUAGCGAUUCACAGACUUGAUGUGGUUUUGGGUGUUCAGUGGUUGCAAACAUUGGGGAAAGUCGCCCACGAUUAUGCGCAAAUGACUAUGGGGUUUUCAUGGAAAGGUGGUAUGGUGACGUUACGAGGUGACCACACCCGCACCCAGUGACGUAUAGCCAAUUUUGCACGUUUGUGGCAACCUCGGAUGCCCAAGAUUUUUAUGAGCUACUACUGACUGAUUCAGAGCCACCUGGCGAGCAACCUGUGAGCACCUCGAAUUGCUCAUUCUGGCGGCGGUGCUGGAACCAGUUCGGGCAGUUUUGGUGGCUUAGUCAGCCGUUCAUGAGGGGUUGCCGUCGUCUCGGUGUUCGUACCAUCACAUUCAUUUGGCUCCAGGAACCCAACCCAUAAAUGUUAGACCGUAUCAGUACCCCUACUUUCAAAAAAAUGGAGAUUGAACAUCAAGUAUGAAAGAUGCUUAACCAAGGCCUUAUUCGCCCGGGCCAUAGCCCCUUUUCGUCCCCGGUUUUGUUGGUACAUAAGAAAGACGGCACGUAUCGUCCCCGAACUGACCCGACCCGAACCGAUUAUACUCCCUCCGUCCCACUCUUUUUGUCCACUUUCAUUUUUGCACACCAUCCAAGGCACUUUUUUAAUC